AUGCACUUACUAAUAUUCUGCAUAUGCAUAAGCACAGCCCUCAGCUACAUCGGAAUCAAGCUCAAGCUACCGUCAGCCGCAAGCUCGAGCAGCGCGCAAAAUGGCGAAGAGAGCAACAACGACAACGACAAUAACGAGGCCAAAGUGCAGGAGGCCAUGAGCUCGCUCAGUCGGCAGUACGGUGAUGGUAUGGUGUUGGGGAAACGCAGGGGACAUGGUGGCGCUACAUUGUUUAUUAUUGAGGAGCUGGGGAGUUGA